AUGAGCGAGUCUAAUGAGAAGGCGUUACUUGCAUUUAGUGCAAGGCCGCAGAAAAGCGGGCUGAAGAAAAGUGACGACAUUAUUAAGAACUCAACUCCUGUGAACAAUGCACAGAAAGUGUCACUGGUUGGCGGGUUCAUAGCUGGAGGUUUAGCAGCAUGUGGUGCAGUUACAUUUACAAACCCAAUCGAACUUAUAAAGACUCGAAUGCAACUUCAAGGGGAAUUAUCGAGGACGGAAAAGGGCCAGGUGAAGUUAUACAAGAACCCAUUUCAAGCAUUCAAAGUGAUUUACCAACAUGAAGGAAUACGAGGAUUACAACAAGGGUUGUUAUGUGGAUACUAUUAUCAGUUGGGGUUGAAUGGGUGCAGAAUUGGUCUUUAUGAGCCCAGUCGAUAUUAUUUCACAAAACUUCUUUACCCAAGCAACAUCAAGAAUGGAGUUGUCUCCGAAAACAUGCUUAUCAAUGUACUUUCUGGGUUCACAUCGGGCGCUGCAGGUGCCGUGUUGGCAUCGCCUUUCUUUUUGAUCAAGACUAGAAUGCAAUCCUUUUCGAAAACAGGAGCAGUGGGUCAGCAAACGCAUUACGAAAGUGCAUGGGACGGCAUCAAACAGAUUUAUCGCCACGAAGGGUUCAAGGGGCUCUAUAGAGGUGUAGACGCUGCGAUUUUGAGGACUGGCGCAGGAUCGUCAGCCCAACUACCUAUUUAUUACUACACCAAGAACUUUGUAUUGAAACACGAUAUUGUCAAAGACAAUAGUUUAAUGUUGCAUUUCUUAAGCGCAUCCAUGGCUGGUUUAGGUGUGUCAAUUGUGAUGAACCCUUGGGAUGUUGUUUUGACGAGAAUGUACAAUCAAAAAGGCAACCUCUAUACUAGUCCAUUGGAUUGUUUCAAAAAAAUCAUAGCGAUAGAAGGACCUUUGGCACUUUACAAAGGGUUUUGGGCUCAACUAUUCAGAGUGGCACCACACAGCAUCUUGACAUUGAUGUUUAUGGAGCAAUGUAUGAAAGUAAUGGUGAAGGUUGAGGAUGGUCUCCACAGAUUUUUUUGA